AUCUGUCAGAAUAGGAAAAAAAUUGAAUUAAUUGUCUAUUGACCAAAAUUCACAAAAGAAGCAUGACGAUGAAGUUGUUCUAUUGGUUUAUUUAUUAAGAAAUUCAAGAGCAUAAUAGUUUCGACAGCUGCCCCGUACUUUUACUGUGACACACUACUAAUUUUCAAUACGGCAUGAUGGUGGAGGGCUCGGCAUUUACUCGGAACGAUGUGUUCCAAAUGGCUAUACGUGUGGCGUUCGUAUCUGCAGUCACAUAUUUCUCCAUAAAGUGGCUCGUCAACCAGAUCGAUCCGACUUCCAAGAGCCGGAAGAAGGCCGAGGAAAGAGCCCGGGAGCAGUUACGCAAGGUGUCUUGCAGAGCCGGGCUCAGCGGGAAGCACGCGCUGGCCCUGGACAAGCUCACUGACCACGAGAUGAUCAUCGCGUCGCAGCUGGUUGUGCCCGAUGAGAUCAAUGUGAACUGGAAAGACAUAGCCGGCCUAGACAACUUAAUCCAGGAGUUGCGCGAGACGGUGAUCCUGCCGAUCCAGAAGCGCGACCUGUUCGCCGACAGCCGCCUCACGCAGCCGCCGAAGGGGGUGCUGCUGCAUGGACCCCCAGGUUGCGGCAAGACCCUGAUCGCCAAAGCGACGGCUAAAGAGGCGCACAUGAGUUUCAUCAACCUUGACGUGUCUUUACUCACGGACAAGUGGUACGGGGAGACGCAGAAGCUGGCCGCUGCCGUGUUCAGUCUAGCGGUUAAACUGCAGCCGUGUAUUGUUUUUAUUGACGAGAUCGAGUCGUUUCUGCGUACGCGCACGGCGCACGACCACGAAGCAACGGCGAUGAUGAAGACGCAAUUCAUGUCGCUGUGGGACGGGCUCAUCACCGACCCCGCCUGCACUGUCAUCAUCAUGGGAGCGACGAACCGGCCGCAGGACCUGGACAAGGCGAUCCAGCGCCGCAUGCCCGCCACCUUCCACGUGCCCAUGCCGAGCGACGCGCAGCGCGAGCGCAUCCUGCAGCUCAUCCUGCGCUCCGAGCCCGUGGCGCCCGACAUCGACUUUAAGCGCCUAGCGUCGGCCACGGAAGGCUUCUCGGGCUCGGACCUACAUGAACUGUGUCGCCAGGCCGCCGUGUACAGAGUGCGGGACUUAGCACGUGACGAGAUGCGCCGCGACAACGAACAGAGCAAAACCAGCCAGAAAUCAAACCACACAGAAUCCGACGACGAAUACGUAGACGCCGUGCGCCCAAUCACCAUGGAGGAUCUACGCCUCUCUCUGGCAAAACUAAGGGAGUCCAAACUGCACUGCGGCACUCUCCCUCCAAACAUGCGGAUAGAGCUUGACUAGACCCUAUAAUAAAGGGGUAGAGUCGACUUUGGAACGCCAUGGGACUGUAAGAAUUGUAACUUAGUACUCAGUUUCUUUCUUUCUUCUUUCAGUUAGAUAACAGACUCUUUUCCCGGGGAGCAAAGUCGACUUUAGAAUGCCGUGGGACUGUAACACGUCUGUAGUAGAUCGACUCGACUAGAUUAGUUCUCGAUUAGACUCUCUCCCCAAUGGAUAAAGUUUACUUUAGAACGGCAUGGAACUGUGUAUACCAAGUUUUGUAUGGAUUCUGUCCUCUGGGGGAUGAGUCGACUUUGGAACGCCAUGGGACUGUAAGAAUUGUAACUUAGUACUCAGUUAAAUAACCGACUCUUUUCCCGGGGAGUAGAGUCGAUUUUCCAAUGCCGUGAUACUGUAACACGUCUGUAGCAUAUAACUUUACUAGAUUAGUUCUCGAUUAGACUCUUCCCGAUGGAUAAAGUUUACUUUAGAACGGCAUGGAACUGUGUAUACCAGUUUUGUAUUUGCAUAGAUCGUCCUUGGGGGAUGAGUCGACUUUGGAACGCCAUGGGACUGUAAGAAUCGUAACUUAGUACUCAAUUAGAUAAUCGACUGUUUUCCCGGGGAGUAAAGUCGACUUUAGAAUGCCGUGGAACUGUGUAAACCAAGUGUAGUAUAGUACUGGAUUAGACUCUUUUUCCUGGGGAAUAAAGUCGACUUUGGAACGCCAUGGGACUGUAAGAAUUGUAACUAAGUACCCAAUUAGAUAAUCGACUUUUUUCUCGGGGAGUAGAGUCGAUUUUGCAAUGCUGUGGAACUGUGCAACACGUUUGUAGUAUAUUACUUUACUAGAUUAGUUCUCGAUUGGAUUCUCUCCCCGGGGGAUAAAGUUUACUUUAGAACGGCAUAUAACUGUGUGUACCAAGUUUUGUAUUUGCAUAGACCGUCCUUGGGGGAUGAGUCGACUUUGGAACGCCAUGGGACUGUAAGAAUUGUAGCUUAUUACUCAAUUAGAUAAUCGACUCUUUUCCCGGGGAGUAAAGUCGAUUUUACAACGCCGUGGAACUGUGCGACACGUUUGUAGCAUAUUACUAUACUAGAUUAGUUCUCGAUUGGAUUCUCUCCCCGGGGGAUAAAGUUUACUUUAGAACGGCAUGGAACUGUGUGUACCAAGUUUUGUAUGGGCUCUGUCCCCGGGGGAUAAAGUCGACUUUGGAACGCCAUGGGACUGUAAGAAUUGUAACUUAGUACUCAAUUAGAUAAUCGACUCCUUUCCCGGGGAGUAGAGUCGACUUUGCAAUGCCGUGAGACUGUAACACGUCUGUAGUAUAUUACUUUACUAGAUUAGUUCUCGAUUAGACUCUUCCCGGUGGAUAAAGUCUACUGUAGAACAGCAUGGAACUGUGUGUACCAAGUUUUGUAUGGACUCUGUCCUCUGGGGAUAAAGUCGACUUUGGAACGCCAUGGGACUGUAAGAAUUGUAACUUAGUACUCAAUUAGAUAAUCGACUCCUUUCCCGGGGAGUAGAGUCGACUUUGCAAUGCCGUGAGACUGUAACACGUCUGUAGUAUAUUACUUUACUAGAUUAGUUCUCAAUUAGACUCUCUCCCCGAUGGAUAAAGUUUACUUUAGAACAGCAUGGAACUGUGUGUACCAAGUUUUGUAUGGACGCUGUCCUCUGGGGAUAAAGUCGACUUUGGAACGCCAUGGGACUGUAAGAAUUGUAACUUAGUACUCAGUUAAAUAACCGACUCUUUUCCCGGGGAGUAGAGUCGAUUUUCCAAUGCCGUGAGACUGUAACACGUCUGUAGUAUAUUACUUUACUAGAUUAGUUCUCAAUUAGACUCUCUCCCCGAUGGAUAAAGUUUACUUUAGAACAGCAUGGAACUGUGUAUACCAAGUUUUGUAUGGACUCUGUCCUCUGGGGAUAAAGUCGACUUUGGAACGCCAUGGGACUGUAAGAAUUGUAACUUAGUACUCAGUUAAAUAAUCGACUGUUUUCCCGGGGAGUAGAGUCGACUUUGCAAUGCCGUGAUACUGUAACACGUCUGUAGCAUAUUACUUUACUAGAUUAUUUCUCGAUUAGACUCUUCCCGGUGGAUAAAGUCUACUGUAGAACAGCAUGGAACUGUGUGUACCAAGUUUUGUAUGGACUCUGUCCUCUGGGGAUAAAGUCGACUUUGGAACGCCAUGGGACUGUAAGUAUUGUAACUCGAUUAGUUAUUUGACUCUUUUCCCGGGGAGUAAGGUCGAUUUUGCAUUGCCGUGGGACUGUGCAACACGUUUGUAGUAUAUUACUUACCAAGUUUUGUAUGGACUCUGUCCCCGGGGGAUAAAGUCGACUUUGGAACGCCAUGGGACUGUAAGAAUUGUAACUUAGUACUCAAUUAGAUAAUGGACUCUUUUCCCGGGGAGUAAAGUCGACUUUAGAAUGUCGUGGAACUGUGUAAACCAAGUGUAGUAUACUCCAUUAAGACUCUUUUCUUGGGGAAUAAAGUCUACUUUGGAACGCCAUGGGACUGUAAGUAUUGUAACUAAGUACUCGAUUAGUUCGAUUAGAUUCGACUCUUUUCCCGAAGAGUAGAGUCGAUUUUGCAAUGCCGUGAGACUGUAACACGUCUGUAGUAUAUUACUUUACUAGAUUAGUUCUCAAUUAGACUCUCUUCCCGGUGGAUAAAGUCUACUUUAGAACGCGGAAUUGUUUUAGACUCUGUCCUCGGGGUGUAGAGUCGUCUUUGCAAUGCCAUGGGACUGUGACAUGUAACUUUGUAUUCGAUUAGUCUCUAUCUUUGGAUGAUAAAGUCGACUUUAGAAUGGCACGAGACUGCACCACAAUAGACAUGUUGACACCACCAAUCAAUUGACGUACUGUUUAAAACUGUCAAAACGAAACUAUCCCAUAGAUUUUGUAUGGCACUACAAGCAAGUGACGUCACUAUUUUGUCAACUCAAUCAAACUAAUUUUUUCAAUUACAAUGCGAACAAAAAUCGUAAUUUACUGGUAAUUUAAAAUGUAUUAAGUUUUUAAGACCAGAAUGAAGGGUCUUUUUAGAAAAGUUGUGGUUUCGAAUUAUUGGGGUAUGGUGUCAAAAUGUCUAUUUGUAACUUAGAACUCAACUGCACCCUAUCCUCGGGGGAUAAAGUCUACUUUUAAACGCCAUAGGCAUGUGUGACACAAUUGUAGUAUAGUACUCGAUUUAAGAUCCUAUCUCCAGGAAAUAGAGUCGACUUUGGAAUGCGAUGUGAAAGUGUAACUUGUGUAAAGUCGAAUUGAUUGAAGGUAACUGUGUGAGUGAACUUUUCGCCUUUUUUGUCUCGUGACGUCAUUGUUGCCAUGCUAAAGUACCGGUUUUUUGUUUGAGAUUGGAAGAUCUAUGGUAUAACAGUGUUGCCAUGUUGAAAUAACGGUUUUGAGAAAAUAUUUAUGAGUGUAGCAAUACUGUAAGUAAAUUGUUGACUGGAAAUCACGUCAUUACCUAUCGUUUAACGUGGUCAACUCAUAAACCCAAAGUUCCUUAACCUUUAACUAUGGACGUCGGGUCUCAGAGGCCCACCCCCCUUUCCGAUUUCUCGGUUUAAACACCUUCCCGGCACGUGUUGCUCUCGACCAUCUCAGUAGCUUCAGUUUUAACUGUGUUUGGAUCGAGGAGGCAUAAACCAAACUAUGGACUACUUUUGUCUGAAAAUAAAUGAUUUUUAUUUUAUUUUUUAUUUAUAAAAUCUCGUCUUCCAGCACCUAUUACGUGAGUAAUAACCAUUCAAAAUUUUGUCCGGGUCUGGGAGACCCGAUGACUAUAAUUUCCAUACAAACAUACUUGUAUGGAUGUGACUUGUCAACUAUAAUUUUUUUAUAUUAUAUUAUUAUAAUCUUAAGUAAAUUGUUCUAGUUUAAGAAUACAUAAUGGCAGAAAGUAUCUGAGUACAUCAGCUAUAUUAUUAGCCCAACUAUCUAAAGAACAUUUCAGGAGUAAGGUAUUACUUGUAGACGAUUCUGCUUUUGAGUUUAGAUGUCUUAGAAUUCACCAUUGCUGCAGAUUCCGAUUCUGAAUAGUGUACAUUUUGCCUACUAAAGCUCUCAAAGAAAGAUAACACAUGCCUGUAGAAAUAAUUUGUCUUUAGUGUUCUAGGCCACUGUGUAUAAUUUUAGUAACUUCAACCCUUGUCAAAAUUUUUAUUUUAUGUCCCUCAGAAAUUCUGUUCAUGUUUUUAUGUUACAUGGUUAUUAAUUAGCAAAGAAAAAAAUAUUACUUUAAUUUAUUAAUGAUCGACUGUAAUCAAGGAGCCUAUAUGUGAUGGCAAGUCAAUUUACACUGAAAAAUGUCUAAGUUUUUUAAAUUUGCAAAAAAAUAAUUAAAUGAUGGUUAAAUUUUGAUUACAUUUACUACUAAAUCCUUUAUUAAUAGUUAUUAGAUAUAUAUCAACUCUUUAAUAAAUUCAAAUUGAUUCAGAUAUGAAAAUAAGAAGAAUGUUAGAUAGGGGUCUGUGAGACCCGACGUCCAUGGGAGUGUGAUUAUUUUUUCACGUCCAUAGUUAAAGGUUAAUACUGCACUAUUUAUGUCUAAUAUUUGUACUAUAAAUCACUAACAUGUAUGCAUGAAACAGAUUUUUACAGAUUUACUAGUCCAUGAAUCAUAUAAUUUACGAUCAUCUUGACCUAUUUAAUUUGUGACCUUAGUUGGCGAAUCUUGAAGUUUGAUUGCGGCCUUAUAAUCGGCAUUGUAGUUUUUGGACGAUGAAGAAGUUUAGUAUCCUUGUUGGAUCAUAUAAGCACAAAAUGUUUUAAAGCUGAAAUUCGGUUCUUAAAUUAUUUCUUUAAGAGUCUAUAGUCGAAAUGAAAUUGUUCAACUUCUUGUCGCGUCGACAACAAACCUACACAGUGGCAGCCUAAAACUCCGCCACAGGAGUGGCGUUGUCAGUAGACUUCAUUAAUAUCUUCCUUCGUGCAGUUGUUUGGGCACGAAAUGGGCAUGAAAUUGUUGUUAAAUAGUAGUUUAAAACUUCAAAAUCAUUGCUUCUACAGCUUGAAAAUAUCAAUAUGGAGCAAUAUUCGUUGUUACCAGUAAAUGUAAGUGUUAUGUUUAAAUACAUAUCUAAAAUGUGAGUGUGAUGUGUUGGUACUUAGAAAAGUGUGAUUUGUUGUGAAUCACAUUGUUUAUCUGGGUAAUUCAACCGUGAAUAUCCGAAGUUCAGACCAGUGUUGAAGUGAGUUUCCAUCAGAAGUGAUUUUGUGUGAAAAAUGUAUUUAUUUGUUUGUUGCUCCGAAACAGCUGCGUCCACCGAAAACUAAGUAACUAUUUCAUGUGUGAUUGAGCAUUGAUUAGCCUGUUGGGACCUUACUGUAUUUCCUGAACACUAUAAUCCGGGCGUUUUCAAGGCGAGAGUGAAUAGGCACUUACAGGGCAGAUAUGUACCAUCCUAGACUGCAUCUCACUUAACACCAGGUGCGAUUGCGGUCAAAUACCUGCCUUGGCUAGCAUAAAAAAAAAAAAAAAAAACUUUCAGACUGGUUAGUGGAAUAUAAUAAUUACGAACUACUAAGAUGAUAGUGUGGCAAAAUGGAAACAUUUUUGCAUUAAACACAAUGACGACAUAUAUGUGAAUUACACACAAAAAAAAGGCAAUAGACAAUUACUAUUAGCAAUAGCUGAUGCUGAAAUAAAAAACGGGGGAUAAAUUGCAAUAGGACAUAAUAUUAUUGGGUGCAUGAAUGAAAUGACAAAGAUAUUGGAUUCUAAAGUAGAUAGGGCCUAGAUUUUAGAUAAAUAAAUAUUCUAGAACAUAACAGCUAUGAAUGAAUGUUAAUCCAGUUUAUGCUGCUUUCUUAAGACAUCUUGUCUAAUUUUUGUAUGUUUAAUGAUGUAAAAUCUAGUACCAAUUGAACGUCACUGAGAAAUAAGUUCAUAAAUCGUCAUUUCGAUCUUGAUAUAAGUAGAUUCAGAGAACUGGUGUAAAAUUAUACGGCGUUUUCCAAACGUAAAAUGAAAUUGCAUAGUUGUAAAUAUUUUGCUAGGUUUGUUUUUAUUUAAAAUAUAUUAUUGUAUAUUAUUCGCAGCGCCUAGAGAAACCAAGUUAUGCUCGACCAUAUUUAACUGUAUAAUUGGAAAAUGGAUUGUUAAAAUAUAGUUAUUAAUCAUAAACAGAUACUAAAUUAUAAUGAUUUCACAUAGUUUUGUUGUGUAUAUUUUGAUAUUAGAUAUUUGGUCAAACCGCGAUUGAAUAUGUACCUGAAAGAUAUAUUUGAAAAUAAAAGAUAUUAGAAAUUGAUAUUAUGAAGUUUUAAAUUAUGAAUUAAUAAAAUCAAAUCGUUUAUCUCGUGUUUGUAGAUGAUUUAAAAUUAACAGAUAAUAAGAAUAAAAAUAUAAUAUCUAAGUAUCAGGCAAGCAGUAAUUAUCAUCAAUAAGUAGAAUAAAAAUAUGAAACAUAUACUUAUUCAUCUAACAGCUGUCUUUGUUUGUAUAUAGCGUAAAUAUAUCUCAACUAAAUAAAACUUAAAUACAAACUGUAGUUGAAUAAAAAGGUGUUAUAGGUAGUAUUUGAUCUAGGUGCUGUUGCUUCCCAAAAUAAAUAGUAAUGUUGGUUGCGUUACGUAAAUAUCUAUGUAUUUAACUGGUCUUAUAACUGUGUGCAUUUGUAUAUUUAGCUUUCGACUAUUUGGUGCGGGCUGUGUUAAAAUUGUUAAGUUGACUAUUUUGUAUGUUUUGUAAAUUUGUAUUUACCUAGAUUUGUCAUGCAGUUAGAGUAUAAUCAGAGUUAGACAAUAUCGUUUGUUCAUCACUUAUCUAAGACCACAUUGAGAGAUUAUUAUUAAAGUUCACUGAAAUAGGCAUUGUUAUUAUCACUUGGUCCAAUGUAUAAUCCCUAAAUUCUUGAAUAUUUGUCAACAUAGAUCGGAGCUUGUAGCUUAUUGAAAAAUACAUAAGUACAGAUUCUUAUUGUGUAAUUUUGAGGUUACGUCUUAAAAUUAUUGCUUGCUUACUGUUAUCAAGUCAUUACCACAUUUGACGAAUAUUCAAGAAAUUGGAAAUAAUAUUUUUCUUUUUGUUCUUGGUUACGUCUAUGAACUAUAAAAUUGUGAACAUACAUGUGUCGUUACAAUUUAUAAUCAGUGAUUUCAUGCUUUUACAUGUUUGUUUUUGUUUUCUUUUUAUACUUGGUCAAGUUUUUUUUGUUAAAGUUGUAUUUAUUUUCUAAUAUUAUGUUAAAAAGUCUAGAAAUUACCAAUAAUUUUUCAUUAUUCAAAUAUCGGCGCCAUCUAGCGGAGAAAAAAUGAAUUAUUGGUAAUGUCCAGACCUUUUAUUAUUACUCUUGUCCUAAAGCAUUACCUGUAAAGGCAAUUCGUGAUAUUAGGAGUUUUUGUUUGCCUUUUUAUUAAAACAAGAGUGAUGCACUCAUUUCAUCUCUUUCUGACGUAAUCGGAAAGAUAGGGAUGCAACUAGUAGUAGUCGUUAUAGUGAUGUGAUUGCUUUGUAGUUAGUCAACUAUGGGAACUCGGAACCUAAAGGUUUAGUUGACAAGAUUGCAACUUUUAUUAUCUGUAAAAAGCAUUAGGUCGUUAUUUGAUGACGCGAUUAUAAUUAUUGUGUAAAUAAAAGGAUUAAAGUUCGAA